AUGGUCAGGAGCGCACCUUGGCGGAGCUGUGGCUGGAUCGUUCCUUGGACGACGCAUUGGCUAUCCCCGCCGAAAAAGUGCAUCUGCUCCCGUCGAAGAAACGUUUUUGCGGGCAACCUGACGAUGAUGAGCCAAUCUACGGAUCCACUGGUGCAGUACGUUGUCGUCCGACGUGAUCUAUUACAGGCACCGUUCAACUGGCCGACUGGAGCUGUUAUAGCGCAAGGCGUUCACGCUGCGGUUGCUGCAGUGUGGCGUUUUCGGGAACAGAGCCCUCAUGUUCAGCUUUACUGUGAGGAAGCUCAAGGUACACAGAUGCGGACAUUGGUAUUAGAAGCACCUGACGAGAAGGCGAUACAGGAUAUUGCGCAGGCGCUUGAGGUCGAUGGAAUCGAGCACGUUGUCUGGACCGAGCAACCCGAAGCCGUUUCCACUGCGUUGGCAACCGCACCGGGGCCGCGGUCUCGGCUUCGAGGGUACUUUCCUAAACUGCGACUUUUCCGAUGA